AUGGGGAACACUUGUGUUGGACCAAGCAUAUCCAAAAAUGGUAUUUUUCAAUCGGUUUCAGCUGCCAUAUGGCGAUCCCGAAUGCCAGAUAAUAAUGAUUCUUCUGUAAAUGUGGAGACUGCAAAAAAUGAGAUGCCAACUUCUGCCAGGGAAUCAGAGUCGCCUAUGCCGGUACAAAACACACCACCGGAACAAGUGACAAUUCCAAAGCCGGAAACUAAACAAGAAGUUCUGGUUAAACCUAGAAGGCCUCCUCAUAUGAAGAGGAAUAACAGUGCAGGGCUUAGGACUGAUUCUGUUUUGCAAAGGAAAACUGGAAAUUUGAAGGAGCUUUUUAGAUUGGGGAAGAAAUUAGGACAAGGACAGUUUGGAACAACAUUCCUUUGCGUGGAAAAACAUACGGGCAAAGAAUACGCUUGCAAAUCGAUUGCCAAGAGGAAGUUAUUGCAUGAUGAUGAUGUGGAGGAUGUUAGAAGGGAAAUUCAGAUAAUGCACCAUCUAGCUGGGCAUCCGAAUGUUAUAUCUAUUAAAGGGGCGUAUGAGGAUGCUGUUGCUGUUCAUGUUGUUAUGGAGUUAUGUGCAGGUGGCGAGCUUUUCGAUAGAAUCAUUCAACGAGGGCAUUAUACCGAAAGGAAGGCUGCUGAGCUUACUAGGACUAUAGUUGGAGUGGUGGAAGCUUGUCAUUCUUUGGGAGUUAUGCAUCGUGACCUCAAGCCCGAAAAUUUCCUUUUUGUUGAUCACAAGGAGGAAUCUCUCCUCAAGACAAUCGACUUUGGAUUGUCAAUAUUCUUCAAGCCAGGAGAAAAAUUUACUGAUGUGGUGGGUAGUCCAUAUUAUGUUGCACCAGAAGUUCUUCGAAAGCGCUAUGGGAUUGAAGCCGAUGUUUGGAGUGCUGGAGUAAUUGUUUAUAUUUUACUCAGUGGUGUUCCUCCUUUCUGGGCCGAAAACGAGCAAGGAAUAUUUGAACAAGUCCUACAUGGCGAUCUUGACUUUGCAUCAGAUCCCUGGCCAACUAUAUCAGAAGAGGCAAAAGAUUUGGUUAGGAGAAUGCUUGUUCGAGACCCCAAACAACGUUUAACUGCACAUGAAGUCUUGUGCCACCCUUGGGUUCAAGUUGAAGGAGUGGCUCCUGACAGGCCUCUUGACUCGGCAGUUUUGAGUCGUAUGAAACAAUUUUCAGCGAUGAAUAGACUUAAGAAAAUGGCUCUUAGAGUAAUUGCAGAGUCCUUAUCCGAAGAAGAAAUUGCUGGCCUGAAAGAAAUGUUUAAGAUGAUAGACACUGAUAACAGUGGCCAUAUCACUUUCGAAGAACUCAAAGCUGGACUGAAGAGAGUCGGUGCCAAUCUGAACGAGUCAGAGAUUUAUGAUCUAAUGCAAGCAGCAGAUGUUGAUAACAGUGGAACCAUUGAUUAUGGGGAGUUUGUAGCUGCAACAUUGCAUCUCAAUAAAAUUGAGAGAGAGGAUCAUUUAUUUGCUGCGUUCUCAUACUUUGAUAAAGACGGAAGUGGCUAUAUCACCCCAGACGAGCUUCAACAAGCAUGUCAGGAAUUUGGUAUGGAGGAUUCGCGCCUCGAAGAGAUGAUCCAGGAAGUUGACCAGGACAAUGAUGGACGUAUUGAUUACAAUGAAUUUGUUUGCAUGAUGCAAAAAGGGAUUCCGAUUGCUGGUGGUGGUAAGGGAGGCCUAGAGACUAGUUUCAGCAUAAAUUUCAAAGACGCGCUUAAACUUUAA